GGCUUCAUUGAUGGUAACCUCUGGAGCCAAAAAGAUCUUCAGAAGUACUUUGGCGCCGUCUGGUGGGCAAUCCAUGCUCUUUUCUUCCAGAUUCAGCCACAGGAGAUCAGCCCUCCUCCCACGGCUAACUUGGAUCGCUCAAACGACAAGGUGUACGAGAACGUCACCGGCUUGGUCAAGGCGGUUAUAGAAAUGUCUAGCAAAAUCCAGCCAGCGCCACCGGAGGAGUAUGUCCCCAUGGUGAAGGAAGUCGGUUUGGCCUUGCGAACUUUAUUGGCAACAGUUGAUGAAACCAUUCUGGUCCUCCCACCAAGCACUCACAGAGAGAUCGAGAUGGCUCAGAAACUGUUGAAUUCCGACCUGGCAGAAUUGAUUAACAAGAUGAAGCUGGCUCAGCAGUACGUCAUGACCAGCUUGCAGCAGGAAUACAAGAAGCAGAUGCUGACGGCCGCUCACGCCCUCGCCGUAGACGCCAAAAACUUAUUGGAUGUUAUCGACCAGGCCAGGCUAAAAUCUCUUGGCCAGUCCAGGCCUCACUAGAAGCGGAUUUUGCAUUGCACAGGUCGAAAAAGGAUUGUUAGCCUUUAGCAAGCGACGGCCACCCUUUCAGCAGGAACGAGAACGGACAGCUCAAGUCCAGAAUUGUCAACUUGUUGGUUCUCUCAAGUUUUUGUUU